AGGCAGCUGGGGACCUGGCCGUUCAUCCUGUACAUCUGCCAGUGUCCAGAAAGGACUUCAACUGCUCUGACUUGUGUGGACGGAACAGCCCUCAUCUGACUGCAGCCUUCCCUGUGCUCUGCCUCCCGCUCCAUCCCUCCUCCUGAGAGCCUUCUUGACUGUAGAGACCACACACCCUUCGACCUCCAAACUGCAGCCAGGAAAUGGACCCAGUGGACAUUGAGGAUGUGGCCGUGGUCUUUACCCAGGAAGAGUGGCCUCUGCUUGAUCUUUAUCAGAAGAAAGUCUACCGAGAUGUGAUGGUGGAAACUUUGCAAAAUCUAGCCUCAGUGGGGUCUGGAAGACUUAAUAAUGGAGAAAAGUUAUCCAUUGAACAUAUUCUGGCAACAUUCAGGAACAGUAACGCCUGGUCCCCCUUGUUAGCGGAAAUCUUGGAGACACGUGGCAGUAAAGACCAGCAGAGAUACCAGAGGAGGCAUUUGAGGAUCCAUAAACUAAAGAGCGAUGCUGAAGUGAGUGGAAGCUCUCCGUGUGAGAAACCCUUUGGCCAGCUUCCAUGUCCUGAUGUGCCACAAAGAAACGCUCCUCAACCCAAUCCUUUUGAAUGCUCUGUAUGUGGAAACGCCUUCGUGGAUCAGUCCUCUUACAGCCAGCACGUCCAGUGUCACACUGAAUGCACCACCUGUCCGUGUAAGGACUGUGGAGAAUCCUGCAGGUGUCUUUGUCACUUAACCACUCCUGUGAGGACUCGUAAAGGGAAGAACCCUCAUACAUGUCAGGAUCAGGAGAAGGACGCCCCUUGUCUCUCUGCCCAUGAAACUCCUGUGACAAAACUCACUGGUGUAGCACGGCAUGGUUGUAAAGAAUGUGGGAAAGUGUUUAGGGUUCGCGCAGCGCUCACCAUACACUCAAGAACUCAUAGUGCAGAGAAAUCUCUUGAAUGUAAGCAGUGUGGGAAAGCUUUCAAAAGUUCCUCAGCCCUCUGUAAACAUUUGAAAACCCACAGUGAAGAAAGGCCUUAUGAAUGUGGAGAAUGUGGGAAAGCUUUCCGUAGACCAUCACACCUUGCUUCUCAUAAAAUGACUCACAGUGGAGAGAAACCGUAUCAGUGUAAGGAGUGUGGGAUGCGGUUUAGUCAAUCGUCAACACUGAAUGUGCAUAAAAGAAUUCACAGUGAAGAGAAACCUUAUGAAUGUCAAGAAUGUGGGAAAGCUUUCCGUAUUUCAUCAUACCUUGCUUCUCAUCGGAAAAUUCACAGUGGAGAGAAACCUUAUCAAUGUAAGCAGUGCGGGAAAGGCUUUAGUCAACCCUCAACACUCACUAUGCAUAAAAGAACUCAUAGUGGAGAGAAACCUUAUAAAUGUCAACAAUGUGGGAAAACCUUUCGCUGUUCCUCAUCUCUCCAUCGCCACAUACGUACUCACAGUGUAGAGAAGCCGUAUGAAUGUAAGGAAUGUGGCAAAACCUUUAAAUAUUCUUCAGCUAUCAUUUCACAUAGAAAAAUUCACAGAGCAGACCGACCCUAUCAGUGUCAGGAAUGUGGAAAAGCCUUUAAAGUUUCUUCAGGUCUCAAUUCACAUAGACGAACUCACAGUGGAGAGAAACCUUUUGAAUGUAACCAGUGUGGGAAGCACUUUCGUUUUUCUUCAGCCCUAGCAAUGCAUCAAAGAAUUCACAGUGGGGAGAAACCUUUUAAAUGUAAGGAAUGUGGGAAAGCUUUUACCUGUUCCUCAGGUCUCACUACACACAUGCGAAUUCACAGUGGAGACAGGCCAUAUCCGUGUGAGGAAUGUGGGAAAGCCUUCACACAGUCCUCAGCUCUCAGGACACACAGAAAAACUCAUAUUGGAGUAAAACUUUAUGAAUGUAAAGAGUGUGGGAAAACCUUUAGUCAGUCUUUCAGUCUGACCACACAUUUGCGAAUUCACAGUGGGGAGAAGCCUUACAAAUGCAAGGAAUGUGGGAAGGCUUUUGUUUCUCAACCUGUCCUCAAAUCACAUAUAAGAACCCACAGUGGAGAGAAACCAUAUAAAUGCAGUGUGUGUGGGAAGGCCUUUAGACAGGCCACACACCUAACUACACAUAAGAGAACUCACAGUGGAGAGAGACCUUAUGAAUGUAAGGAAUGUGGGAAAGCGUUUAAGGAUUGCACUGCUUUCACUGGGCACAAAAGAACUCACAGUGGAGAAAAGCCUUUUGAGUGUAAACAAUGUGGCAAAGGCUUUGCCCAAUCCUCGGCUCUCACUGUCCAUCUAAGAACCCAUAGUGGAGAGAAGCCUUAUGAAUGUAAGCAGUGUGGAAAAUUGUUCAUCUCUUCCUCAAUGCUAAAUAGCCAUCUGAGAAUGCACAGUGGGGAAAUGCCUUAUGAAUGUGAAGACUGUGGCAAACUCUUCAGGCAAUCCUCUAACCUCAAAACACACAGGAAAAGUCACAGGAAAGAGAAGCCUUAAGUAAUGUGGGAGAACCUUAAAGUUCUGACACCACGAGGUGUAUCAGAACUUACAGUAGAGAGGGCUUAGGAGUAUAAGGCCUGACAUCAUACAUCACGUUAAAGAAUUCACUGUGUCGAUUUCAAAAAUACAAUGUUUCGUUCUUGCUCCUAUAAUUUCAAAAUAUAACUCACCAAAUGUUUUAUUAAAUAGCAAUGUUUAUUAGUAAGGAAUAUUGAUGCCAAGAAAAGUUAAUACAAAUAUUUUGUGCCUUUAAGAUUAAUGAUAGCUAUUCAGCGGCACUGGCUGGGGUUGAGAUGGAAGUUAGUUUCUAUGUAGCAGAAAUAGGAAACAAAUGAAGCAAAACUGCCCAAAGAGUCGAAAUGCCCAGAGGAUGGGUCUCACUCACGCACGCAGACAGACACACAUGCAGAGAGCACUCAUGCUGGGCAAACCCAGGAUCGCGCUACUGCCCGAGUUGAAUGAUAGUGUUUGGUUUCUGUCUCUUGCCCUGUGCAUGUGUAUAAAUGCUGCGGAUUGGCAUCUGUUGCUUCCUCAAGCCCUUCUACCUCCUUGCUCCUCACAUUCAUUGUGGGCAAUGCAACCGUCUUGGGCUGCACGGAGAGGCUGCAAGGUGUGAGAGCUUAAACCAAAACCCCCAGAAAUCAUCAGACAAUCAAGGAAGAAGAAAAGAAAUCUGAACCGCUUGGGAAUAACAAUAUAAAAAAGAUUUCCUUUGUAAAUGCAAGAUGAAAAUAGGAGGUUAUUAUGAUUUGCCCUAGUCCUGCUAAUUAUCAGAGUAACUCAUUUAUUGACAUGGAUUAUCCUUCAAAUAUUGAAAAUCUUGCAUUUUUAAAGACAUGAAUUCCUUUCUAACUCUUACAGGUAAAAUUACCUGCUGGUAAGGUUGGAAAUGAUAGGCGUUUUGUAUGCUUUAUGGCAACUAUUUAUUUCUGUGGCCUAUGCUCUCUGUUUUACCCAAGAAUUUUUUAAAAGUAUAAUGCUCUUAGAAUGUGGUAUUUUACCAUGAUGUUCUUCAAGUAAGCUGAUUUGGGGAACCAAAGGGUGUAUUUGGAAUUUUCUAAUUUUGAAGUGCCUAUGCUAAUCUCAUUCUUUCUGACAACAAGCUUUUUCUUUAAGAGGGCAAAUAACCCAAAUUAUGAUGCAGCAUUUAAAAUUUGUCUAAAGUUUUCCAAAAGUAUAUUGGGGGUGUUAUGUAAAUGUAAAAGCUAAUAUGAUUAGCUCAUGUAUGUGGGCUUUGCUUUUAGAAGUCAUUAAAUAAAGCUUUUUCUUAAGUGCGAACAAAAAAAAGAUCAAUGAUAAUAAAAAAAGACAAGUGAUAUUGAAUAGGGGUUAAUUAUAAGCUAGAUAUUUCUUAGUUUCUGUAACUAUUACAAAGAAUUUGUCACUAAGUAGCCUUCACCAAGAGGACUCUCAUUCUUUACUAAUUUCCUUGAUUUUGUUUUACUAUAAUUAUAUAUAUUCGCCUUUUGUUACAUUCAAGAGUGUUUUCUUUCUAAUGACUUUCUAUAUUACUAUUUUCCCCCUUAUGAAUAGUGUAUUUAUCAUGACAUUUUGAGAUUUGUAAAUGUUUGGUUUUCCGGGGAGGAGAUGAGCCAGUCAGGGUGCGAUGUAACGAUGAGAAAUACAACCUUCCUCUAGUUCCUAAA